AUGGCCGCUCACUUCAGCGGAGUUCUGCAACUGACGGACCUGGAUGACUUUAUAACGCCGUCCCAGGAAUGCAUAAAACCAGUAAAAAUAGACAGAACAGCUGGGAAAGUUGGAAAAAUACGAGUUGAAGAUGACGGUAGAUACAUAGAGAUAUCUAAGGAUGGAAAAGAAACUCCAUUGGAAAAGGCUAAAAUCACAUUAAACGACUGCCUGGCAUGUAGCGGCUGCAUCACGUCAGCCGAAAGUGUUCUGAUCUCACAGCAGAGUCAGGACGAGCUCUACAGGGUCCUUGGUGAGAACUCCGCUCAUGCACAGGCCGGUGAACCAGAUAAAGAGAAGCUGGUUGUGGUUUCCAUCGCUCCACAGGCCAGGGCCUCUUUAGCAGCAAAGUUCAAACUUUCUACCGAAUGUGCAGCAAGAAAACUGACAGCAUUUUUCAAAAGAUUGGGGGUUCACCAUGUUUACGACACGACAUUUGCCCGUAACUUUAGCCUGAUCGAAAGUUGUCAUGAGUUUGUGCGCCGGUUCAAAGCUGCUGAAACGAACAAGACUUCUCUCCCCAUGUUGGCCUCAGCAUGUCCAGGAUGGAUUUGUUAUGCAGAGAAAACCCACGGCUCCUACAUCCUGCCGUACAUCAGUACCACCAAAUCACCACAACAGAUCAUGGGAUCCCUGGUUAAAGAUUUUCUAGCCCAGCGGCUGGGUCGAAGCCCAGACUCCAUCUACCACGUGUCUGUGAUGCCGUGCUAUGACAAAAAGUUGGAGGCCUCCAGAUCUGACUUCUAUAACGAUGUCUACCAGACCAGAGAUGUGGAUUGUGUGAUAACUUCAGGUGAAGUGGAGAAAAUGUUGGAGAAAGAAGGAACCUCCUUGUCUGAUGUAGAUGAACAGCCUCUUGAGUCUAUAGUUUCUGGCACUGAAGAUCAAGUGUACAACCAUUCAGGUGGUGGGUCUGGUGGGUACCUGGAACAUAUUGCCAAGUUUGCAGCCAGUGUCCUACUGGAUGCUGAAGUUGAGGAGCUCACUUACAAGAUCUUGAGAAAUCAAGAUUUCCAAGAAGUCACCAUUGAAAAACAGGGAAAGCCACCUCUGAGAUUUGCACUGGCCUAUGGAUUCAGAAAUAUCCAAAACAUUGUCCAGAGAAUCAAGAGAGGGAAGUGUACCUACCACUUUGUUGAGAUCAUGGCCUGUCCUGCCGGCUGCAACAACGGUGGGGGGCAGGUCCGGGCAGAGGGUGAUGAAAGUCAGAAAGACAGGCUUCGGUCGGUAGAAAAGAUCUACAGAAGUGUGCCAGUUGUGAACCCAUUCCAACAGCAGCAAGUGGAACAGAUGUACUCACUUUGGUUGGGUGGCAGGGACUCAAAGAAAGCACAAGAGAUGUUGCACACCAAAUAUCACGAAAUAGAGAAGUCAACAAGUGUUCUCAAUAUUAAAUGGUGA